AUGGUCGCCUCACGUGUUAGCACAACAUUGCUGCGGGCGUUCCCACGACACGCACUUCCCCAACGAGUCGGACUCCGGCCGAUUUUCGCAACAACACCACCACCACCAUCAUCACUCCGUCAUAUAAGCCUUUUCUCCUCAUCCUCCGCUGUCCGAAGCCCCACCACUAACAACAACAACCCCACCACCACCACCACAACUACCACGCCAACAUCAAUAAACACGGCCGACGCUGACUGGCGCAACAUGGCGGAGAAAGACAUCAACUUGUACCUGCGUCAAACCCAUGACCGUGUGUUCGACCACAACAAGAAAUGGGCCGAUGAGAAGAAGGCUAGCGACCCGGAUUUCUUCGUCAAGCUCUCCGCGGGGCAGAACCCGGAAUACCUCUGGAUCGGGUGCAGCGACUCGCGGAUCCCCGCAGAGCAGAUCACGGGGCUGGAACCCGGCGACGCCUUUGUGCACCGCAACAUUGCCAACCUUGUCAACAACACCGACCUCAACGUGAUGAGCGUCAUCACAUACGCCGUCGAGCACCUCAAGGUCAAGCACAUUGUCGUGUGCGGCCACUACGGCUGUGGCGGUGUCAAAGCUGCGAUGACGGCUAAGGACCUUGGCUUGCUGAACCCGUGGCUGCGAAACAUCCGCGACGUCUACCGGUUGCAUGAGAAGGAGCUUGAUGCGAUCGCCGACGACGAGGCCCGGUAUAAGCGCCUGGUUGAACUCAACGUCUACGAACAGGCCCGCAACGUCAUUAAGUCGGCUUCGGUCCAGCAGUCGUACGCGAAGAACCAGUUCCCCAUUGUCCAUGGCUGGGUGUUUGGGUUCAAUGACGGGUUGCUGAAGGAUCUUGAGAUUGAUUUCGCGGGGAUUCUUAAGGAUAUUCAGAAGAUUUACAAUCUCACCGAAUGA